AUGGCAUCUCCUGGCGCAAACGAUGCGCCAGUGGCGGAUGAGGCGAGUCGUCUACAGGAGCUAAAUGCAGACGUUCGGAACCAGGAUGAUCUGGAAAGGGAUAUCACUCGACAGGCAGACAAGAUCCUAGCGGAAAAGGCCGAGGAAAACGACGCAAAAAGACUUGAGAAGGUUUUGGCCGAUAAAGAAAAAGUGGACGCCCAGAUUAGACAAGCCCGCCAACGCCUCACCCAACAUGUUAAUGCCAGCACCCGACAUCGCCUCGAGAACGAACAUAGGAAACAUGAAUCUCGCCGAAUAGAUUUGCUCAAGGAUGUGAAGGAUAUCACGGAUCGUAUCGAUGAACGCCGGAAAUCCAAGGAGAAUGGGGCGGGCAGUCAUGGCCCAGGCAGGUUGCCAAACGAGACGAGGCGCGAUUAUCUUCUUCGGACCGGCAAGAUCACACCUUUCGAGCUGACGACUGCCGCUGGUCCCGAUGGCCAGCCUUCUACACUCCAGGAUGCUCUUGUCGACGUCGAGGAUCAGUAUGAUGAGCAGGAAGAACAAAAGAAGGCGGAGCUCGAGCCGGAGGCACACCGGUUUCUUCAUCGACCUGGGAUGGAUUUCGACCAAACCAGUGAAAGCAGCCGGACAGAAAGCAGUGGGAAGCGCAGGAAGCUGGGAAAGAAAACAACCAAGAAGGCAUCUGAGACCCGAUCGAGUUCUGUAGACUCCUCGGCGAGUUACGUCGCUUCGGAAGACGAUAGUUCCAUUUCCGAGGAGGAAGAAUUCAUGCCAGAUACAAUCCCCGAAGUCACAUCUACCCGGAAGCGCAAGAAGGCCAAUGCGGAGACCGAACUCGAAGAUCUGAGCGGGGUAGAUGACGGCAACGAAAGGCUUUAUCAAAAACGUCUUCUGGACUGGACGACUCGACGAAGUGCUGCUCGCCGGCGUGCUCAAGGGGGUGAUGACGUAGAUGAUGAUGAUGGCCGAGGCGAAUGGCUCAAACCACAUCCAUCGGAGCCCGAUAUGGAGCUUCCAAAUGGACUGCGGGUUCCCGGUGAUAUCAGUCGCUUCCUCUUCUCCUAUCAACGAACUGGUGUCCAGUGGCUCUGGGAGCUGCACCAACAAGCGGUUGGCGGUAUCAUCGGAGAUGAGAUGGGCUUAGGAAAGACAAUCCAGGCUAUUUCAUACCUCGCGUCGUUGCAUCACAGCGACAUGCUCACAAAGCCUGCCAUUGUCGUUUGUCCCGCAACCCUCAUGAAGCAAUGGGUGAAUGAGUUUCACCGCUGGUGGCCGCCAUUCCGGGUCUCCAUUCUGCACUCUUCGGGUAGCGGUAUGAUCAACCUGGGGAAGGAAAGCAGUCGCGAAGAUGCUCUCACGUCUCAAUUGAUGGGAACCUACGGUGACAAGCGAUUGACGCAGGGUCAGAAAGCGGCUAAGAAAAUCAUCGACCGUGUCAAUCGGGACGGCCAUGUUUUGGUAACCACCUACUCGGGCCUUCAGUCAUAUGCUGAUUCUCUGGUGGAUGUCGAGUGGAGUUGUGCCAUUCUCGACGAGGGUCACAAAAUUCGCAACCCGGAUGCUGGUAUCACUUUCAGCUGCAAGGAGCUUCGCACUCCCCACCGUAUAAUUCUCUCUGGAACCCCCAUGCAAAACAGCCUGGUUGACCUGUGGUCUCUCUUUGACUUUGUUUUUCCAAUGCGUCUGGGAAAUCUGGUCAAUUUCAAGAAUUCCUUUGAGAUCCCCAUCCGGCAAGGUGGGUACGCAUCGGCGACAAAUUUGCAGGUCCAGACUGCCGCCAAGUGUGCAGAAACUUUGAAAAGUGCUAUCAGCCCUUACCUUCUUCAACGCUUCAAGGCCGAUGUGACUGCCGACCUCCCCCAGAAAACCGAGCAAGUCAUAUUUUGCAAACUCACCGAAACCCAGCGUACCAUCUACAAGCGAUUUCUCGGCUCCGAUGAUAUGCAGUCUAUUAUUAGAGGGAAGAGGAAUUCACUUUUUGGAAUCGAUAUCCUUAGGAAGAUUUGCAAUCAUCCUGAUCUGGUUGACCAUGCUUUGCGAUCUCAUGAGGCAGAAUAUGGUAGGGGAGAGCUUUCUGGGAAGAUGCAAGUCCUGAAAGGGCUACUUGAGGUGUGGAAGGAUACUGGACACAAGACAUUGCUUUUCGCACAGACACGUCAGAUGCUGGAUAUCAUCCAAAAAUUUCUCGGGACCUUAGGAGGAUUCAAUUUUCGUCGAAUGGACGGCAGUACUCCGAUCAAAGACCGCCAAAACAUGGUUGAUGAAUUUAACAAAAGCCCAGAUCUCCAUGUCUUCCUCCUCACUACCAGAGUGGGUGGCAUUGGUGUUAAUCUGACAGGAGCCGACCGCGUCAUUAUUUAUGAUCCUGACUGGAAUCCGUCCACUGAUAUGCAAGCUCGCGAACGCGCUUGGCGACUUGGCCAGAAACGCGAUGUUACCAUCUUCCGUCUCAUGACCAAAGGCACAAUCGAGGAAAAGAUCUAUCAUCGGCAGAUCUUUAAGCAGUUUUUGACCAAUAAAAUUACUCGUGAUCCGCAGCAACGAGAGGGAUUUCAGCUCAGCGACCUUUACGACCUGUUCACGCUGGGAGACGAAAACGAUAAAGAAUUAGAAACAGUGAAGCUCUUCAAAAACGCCGAAGUGGCCUACCAGGAGGAAGAAGCCUCCACGACAAAUGGCGACGGUUCGAAAAAGCCUCCCCCUGUCAAAACGGAAGAUGUUAGUACCGUUCAAGGGGUUGCCAAUGUGGAAGAGUUUAAAACCAAAGACGAAAACAUCGAUGAGAACGGCAAUGUCAAAACUGCUGAGGACCGCAUCAUGCACGGCAUUUUCUCACGAUCAGGUGUUCAUGCCGCGGUCGAACAUGACAAUAUUGUGAACGGCAAGCGUGCUAUACGUUCAGAUCCCAAAAUCAUCGAGGCAGAAGCUCGCAAGGUCGCUGCAGAAGCUGCAGCAGAACUCCGCAAGGCUGAAGAGACUGCCCGUUCCACUCCAAUCGGCAUCCCGACCUGGACAGGUCAGUUUGGUAUGGGAGGUCGAUCCGAUUUCGCAAGUGGCAGCUCGGCACGUCCGGCAGGCGCCGGUCCUUCAUCUGCAAGUCUUCUCGGCAGGCUUAACCCUGCGGCAUCUGUUGGUGGCAGUUCCAGCCCUGCAGGAUCAUCCCGAAUGCCCCGUGGAAAGGACUUCAUACCGAUGAUCCGAGAUUUCUUGCUCUCACGUCGCGGUCCUGUUCCCACACAGACCAUCAUUGAAAAAUUCAAUCAUUUCUGCCCGAAUGAUCAACGUGUGCGCGAGUUUCAAGAGAUGCUGAAUAUUGUGGCUGAGUUGAGCAAAGACCGAGCCGGCCGUGGUGUUUGGACUUUGAAGCCAGAGUUCUCCAAGAAUACCGGCAGAAGUUGA